AUGGCGCACGAUGCACUGUCACUUGAGGGGAAGACCGUUGGUUACGGGUCUGGUAGAGAAACUGGAAUCGGUGCCGCCAUUGCCAGAGCUUGGGCUAGGAACGGUGCGUCUGUAGCGAUUCAUUAUGUGUCGGAAGACUCCAAGGCACGGGCUGAGAAGGUAGCGAUUAACAUCAGUACAGAGUUUGGUACCAAAGCCACUGUUAUACAAGGAGGGGUGGAGAAUGACGAUACUGCAGAGAGCAUGGUUAAGCAAAUUUUGGAGCCAUUUGAUGUUGACCAUAUCGGUAUUCUCGUUCACAAUGCGGAAGCUGCACGCAACACGCCUCUUUUGGAGGUGAAGGCGGAACAGCUCGAAUACGAAUAUGCGGUCAACGUCUUGGGGGUGAUUUACAUGAUACAGGCUGUUGUCGGCGUCGGUCGAAUGCCGCAAGGCGGCCGGAUCAUCAACAUCGGCUCUAUCUCCUCGAAAAUAUUAGUCCCACCGCCUCUUGGCAAGACAUCUGGAAUCACCGUUAAUACCAUCGCACCUGGCCCAGUCCCAACAGAUUUGUCGACACCACUCCUCGUGGCGUCUGACGGGUCUGCAACCGCGCUCCAGAUUUCUAUGUCUGAACAGAAACGGGCAGCGAAUCGCCUUGGGACAGUUGAGGAUAUAGCCGAUGCUACGCUCCUGCUAGUAUCGGAAAAGAGCCGGUGGAUAACUGCCCAGUUUAUCUCAGUUAGCGGAGGAAUUACUGGGACCAUGUAA